AGUUGCAGCGAAUAGUAAACGUAGGGAGCGAAGCACCCGAUCAAAACCGCGGGAAAUGGAGGACCGCCCUGAAGGACGACAAGCUCAGACAGACGGUUAUUCGGCCAACUCAGAAACCCUAAUCUCAGAACCACCUAUCGAUCAAUCAUCCACAUCUCCUCAAACCGCAUCCGAUCUUGCUGAGGAUGACCGCGCCGAACCAGUACCUGCCCUCAACCAGACUGAGAUCUUCAGAGCCCUCGAGGUCGUCGAGAGAGACUCUGUGGCCAUGGCCGAGAGCUUCACUUCCCUCUUCGCUUCUCUUCGUUUAGCUCUCUCUGAGGUUACUAGUGGCUCUGUUGAUCACGUGCAUUGCUUCAGUGAUGCUGCAGGCCGUCUUCAAGAAUCUGUUCUUGAUGCUGCAACAAAGGGUAAUUGGUACAUUAAUUCAUGUCUCAGAUUAAAUGAGGAGAUGAAGGGCAUCGACAGUCUAGCUACACAGCUAAAAAUCGUGAGGAUAAACGUAGAUGCUUUAGACACAGCUGUGAACAAGCUUCUCCGUCUUCCAUGAAGUUUGAGGUGCUUAGCUCAAUAGUUAUACAUUAACUUCAUUGUCUUUUCCUUUCAUUCCUUUUGUAUUUAUGUAAUGUACGGGUACUUUUGCUUGGAAUUUGAGAAUAUUAUAACAUUGAAUCGUGAUACUGCAGUGAAUAUGAAAACUCUCAUGAACGUUUUUGA